AAUAAGAAGACAACGUUACGUUGGAUUCAAUUCAAUUCACUUUCAAUCUGCGCUUCUCAACGUUGAGGAAAUAAGAAGACAACGUUGGAUUCAAUACACUUGCAAUCUGAGCCUCUCAAGAAACAAGAGGACGACGUUCGAAAGUAUAUCACGGCUUGGAGUGAGAUCCGUUUACCACGGGAUAUAUCAGAUUUGGUGCGCUCAGAGAGUUGUGGGAGUAGAAGGGGCUAUAACCAUACGGCGCGACCUUUUCUGAUUCGAAGUGUUUGGCUGGAUUGGAUUGGAUUUCUGUGGACGACGUAGCGUUUUGUUUCGGUGUGCGGAUUGUCUGUUUUGAUACGAAUAGAGGGCGAUAGAGGGAGAUUGGUACGGAAAAAAGAAUAAGGAAAGGAGGAGAUUGGUACGAUAGAAAGGAGAAAAGAAGGAAUUUGGUACGAUAGGAAGAAAAAGAAAAAGACGAGGUUGUACCGAUAGAAAGAAAACCGAAAAGAGGAGGAAAAUGUCUGUCAGAGUGGUGGCUCGGAUCCGGCCACUUGUCAAGUCCGAACUCGAAAAGGAUGUCAUCGUCACGACAGGACAAUCUGCUGCCGCUGUUGCGGAGAGCAAAGAAGGCAAGCAGAAGAAAGACGCGCAGCCUACGGUUGUGCGCAUACCCAACCCAAAGAAUCCUGGAGAAAACUUUAGCUUCCAGUUCAACAGCGUAUAUGGACAGAUUGCGACGCAGCAGGAACUCUUUGAUGCCGAGGUUGCGCCUACCGUCAAGCACCUCUUCAAUGGUUUCGACGUGACUCUUUUUGCAUAUGGCGUUACAGGUACAGGCAAGACGCAUACCAUGCGAGGCGGGAAGAGCUUGGCAGACAGAGGCGCCAUCCCCCGUCUGUUGAGCGCCAUCUUUCGAAGAAGCCGAAAAAUUGAAAAGGAUUCCCAAGGCGCAACUUCUGUGCAGGUCGCUAUGAGCUAUUAUGAAAUCUAUAAUGACCGCGUGUUUGAUCUUUUUGAACCGCCAGAGAAGCGGACUCCCACGGGCCUGCAGCUGAGGGAUAACAAUGGCAAAACUGUUGUUGUCGGGCUGACGGAGCGACCCUGCACGACUCUAAAGGACUUUGAGAGUCUAUAUGACCAGGCAAACGUCAAUAGGUCUACUUCAGCGACAAAGCUCAAUGCUCAUUCCUCUCGAUCUCAUGCCAUACUAUGUGUCAAACUCACUGUAUCCAAUGCGACGAUGACCAGAGUGAGCACGGCAUCGGCGAUUGACUUGGCUGGAUCCGAAGACAAUCGAAGAACCGACAACAACAGGGAAAGAUUGGUCGAGUCUGCCAGCAUCAACAAGAGUCUUUUUGUGCUUGCGCAGUGCGUUGAGGCUAUCAGCAAGAAGCAGCACCGAAUCCCAUAUCGGGAGUCAAAGAUGACAAGAAUCUUAUCAUUGGGCCAAAACAAUGGGCUUACGGUAAUGAUUCUGAACCUCGCGCCAGUCAGGUCUUACCACUUGGAUACCUUGAGCUCAUUGAACUUUGCCAACCGCACAAAGAAGAUUGAAGUCAAGGAGGUCGAAAACGAGCCGCUGUUCAAGUCAAUGCCAAAGGCUGCUGCCAUGUCAACGUCCGGUACUUCAUUCCAACGACAGCCGCUACGGCCACUAGCCACAGUGCACAACACGCUUUCGAAUAACAACGACCCUGCGAAAUCUGGCAAGCCUGCCAAAGCAUUUGCAGUGUUUUCUGAUGCGUCAGAACCCCACAAACCCUCGGCACGUGCGGCGCUACAGCCCAAAGUAUUGGAACCUCGAAAGAGAGGAUCCGAUGCCCUAAGUAGUAGCAAUGCUCGCCCGUUAAAGACAGCACGGAAAAACGACUCGUCAAAGCUGGUGGUCAUGAGAGACGAAAACGAAAACGGAAAUGAAAACAAAAUGUCGAAGCAGAACAUUGAGGCCAUGAUUGAAAAGAAGGUUACAGAGAUUCUUGCGUCACGAGCUCUCAGCGAUGCUUCCCAUCCGCCUGCCCCCGAGAUUAACGAGCAAGUCCAGAAGCGACUAGCCAUGCUUGAACAGAGAGUGGAGGACAAGGAAAAUGAAGGACUCAAUUUUCUUCUCAUGGCCAAACAACACCACGUCCGCGGUGAGGACACGUCUGCUUUGAAAAUGUAUCAGCUCGCACUCCCGCACUUUCCAAACAACGAAAAGCUCAUCAACAAGAUGCUCGGGUUGGAAGAAAAGCUCCGCCUGAAGCGCGAAGAGGAAGAACGCGCGCGAGCUCUCCCUCGCUCGUCCAUGGACGGACAUACAAAGAACAAGCUCGCGAAUAAGCCAUUCUACGACCACAAUGACCUCGCCGAUGAAGACUACGAGGACCAGCCGUCGACCAUAUCUGCUGCAGAUUCAGACUGGGUCUAUCGUCCCGAAGAAGACUACGAUAGUAGCUUCUGUGACGGACUCGACCGACCCCGACCUCGCAGAAGCAGACAAAAGGGCCGCAACGCAGGUAAAUCCAGCGCGAAUGCCAAAUCAAAGCUCAAGCCCAUGGACAAAGAUGUCGUCGCGAAACAAUUGGAGGCGCUGAAGAGGGGGGAUCUCGAGAGUCUAAGACGAGCAGGUGCAGGUACCGCUGCUGCUACUUCUUCUACUUCUUCAUUGUCUGGCGCUUCUUUAUCCUCUUCCUCAUUCUCCUCGUCCUCGUCCGCGUUACAAUCAAGUUCCUUGUACCAGACUCAUCCCUCGACUACAACCAAUACCUCCUUUUCCACAUCCGCCAGCAACACGCGCAGUCGCAGCAACAGCGCCACCUUCGCCACUAGUUCCUCUGCUGAUCCUAGUGGGUUGGGCCGCUCUUCCUCGUCUUCUGGCUCCGCCGGCCCGCAUACCCCCCGCACUCAGCAUCUCCUCCGCAUCAUCAAUACCCGCGACGUCAAUAAGAUUAAGCUCCUCAAAGGCGUCGGCACGAAACGCGCACAAGUCAUUUUGAAUUCCCUCUCGUCUGCCAUGGUUAAUGAGGAUGAUGAGAUUGUUAAUGGUUUGUUGGCCGGCGGAGCCGGAUUAGACGUGGGUUCGGUGGGAGUGGGCGCUGGAGCUGGAGGAGGAAGAGGAGGUGCGGUUGGAGAUGAAAGGGCCGUUGGCGGUGCAAGGACAAGGGUACGCAAUCUAGAUGAAUUGGCGGGCCUCAAGGGCGUAGGGGCAAAGACUGUACAGAAUAUGCGAUUAGGGUUGGCUUUGUAGGUGUGCGUUGCUUUCUUUUCUUUCUUUUCUUUCUUUUCUUUUUUUUUCCUUUUUUUUUCCUUCGUUUUUUUCCUUCGUUUUUUUCUUCCUUUUUUUUCUUCUUUUUCUCUUUUCCGUUCUUCUCCCUUCUUGUCUAUGUGCUUGUUCAUGUUCAUGUUCUUGUCCUUGACCCCGUUUUUUUUUUCUGAUUGUUUAUUUUGAUUCCUGGACCUUAUUGCUGUUUGUUUUGUUGUACCUUUGU